AUGCCGAUGCCCUUACCACCAAUAUAUUCAUUUCCACCACUCUAUACACGACAGCCUAAUUCGAUUAUUAGAAGACAACAGAUAAGUUCAUGGAUGGAUCUUAUUUUGCAGUAUGCAAAAUCACAUAAUGCAUGGUGUAUGUCAGCUGAAGGUAGUAUAGUAACAGAAGGAUCAGAAUCCGUACAAGAGAGUAUAUUUGUUAAUAAUGAAAUCGAAAGAUCAGUGCCCCAGGUAUUUAUCAAUGAAAUCUGGUCCACCAUGUGCCAGGAAGGUAAAGCCAUAGGUACAGAUAAGGGUAAAAAAGAGUCACCUACUUACUAUAUCCUCUGGAGAACGGUAGACUCUUGGGCGUCACUAAUAUUACAAUGGUUCGAAAGUGCUGGAAAACUACAACAAGUGGUUACUAUCUAUGAAUUGUCACAGGGUGAUGAGAGUAUUGGUUGGGAAUUCCAUGGUAUGCCCGAACCGCUCACUGCUGAUUGUUUAAAACCUCUAUGCCACCGACACAGGGCUACGAUAGUGAAUGAUGAGUACGGUAAACCCGUAGCUGUCAAAGUUGUAUAA